CAACAGCCAGCGUUUCUCCUUAUCCGCGCCCAUUGAGGAGCACAGACUACAAUUUUCUGCGAGGAGGAGACAGUUCUUGUAUCAGAGAUAUGAAAGAAAAAAGUGCACUCACCCUCAGAAAAAGUGGCUAUUUUCCUACUUAAAUCCUAGCCAAUUCCUUGAGUGUGAGUGCACUUCUUCGCUUCAUAAGAGAGGAACAAUUUCUACACGGGGGCACUACAGCAUCAUCAAAGGAAACCACUACAUCAAGUCCCACAUCAUCUUCCUGUUCUCCCACAGCCAAAUCGAAUUUGGCUACGCAAGCUAACAUACUGUCAAAAUCCG